AUGUCCUAUCCGUCUCCUAUGGGCUUGGAACCACCUACCAUUGAUGUCCAUCAAAAACCUCAGGAUUGGAUUCCUCCUCCGGCGUCUUUUGCCACUGUCAAUACCGAGGGUAUUGACUUGAACGAUGAAAUCUUCUUCAACCACACUCACAUGUCUUACCCUCCAGUUCUUGACCCAUAUGCGCCUCCUCCAGAUAUCGAACCGCUGCUGCUGUCUCUGCUGCUUGCCACAGCUCCAUUUGUGCCUUUGCAGCUGGCCAUAACCACUCCGGAUCUUCUGUUGGCGUCUCCAAAUAAAUACGCACCUACACCUUUUUCCCACUAUAGCCACCGCCGUCGCUUCUCGCUGGCCGUGGAGCAGCUUAACCGCAUGUCUUUGCGCACUUCAGAACUGCCUCUGCCCGAAAUGUACACUGCUUUACGACCACAACACCCAGAAGAGCGUACAAUCAAUCCUCGUCAACUUUUGGGUAAUGCAGGCCCUGACAGUCUGCCAGCGGCGGUAGCAGCGCGCUAUAUCCUUCCUCUGCUGGUGCUGUCACCUUCUCUACUGACUUUUUUCGCCCGGGGCGAUGUUCCUGACCUCCCUGAACUGCCGGAUAUGGAGAAGUUAGCUGCGGACUUUUCUGAGCCGCAGGUGGCAACUGGAGACAUACGCGAUGCAGCGGGGAGCACGUACGUGAUGAAUGACGAAUGCGUAAGCGCUAUCACUUAUUGGCUCAACAAUACUGAUGGCGUUCUCCUGGAUGUUGGAGCAACAGUUGCAACCAACCCAACAGGAAUCGUCAAACCGGCAGCGAAGAGGCGUAAUAGCAUCCCUGUCGCUACCCGUGGUGAUAUAAGCCCGUCUCGUGGGAUUUCCAAGAGAAAGCGGCGGAAGUCUGUUACCACCGCCAUUCCUGAAGAUACUGUUGCUAUGGAACAGGCAGUGUACAUGCUGCCCAAGAAACACUUCAUGACCCCUUCUAUCGCCGCGCCAUCACUGGGGCUAGCACCCGAAUCGCCGCAGGUGACCGUACACAGCUUCGAGCAUGAGAUUAAGAGUGAUGCCAGCAUACCGCGGCACGGGUCGGAUGGUGAUGAUGAGCCAAAGCCGUUCCCAUGUCCUGAAUGUGACAAACAAUUCAAGCGCCUGGAGCACUUGAAACGGCACAUCCGAUCCGUGCACUCCAACAUCCGUCCAUUCCAUUGCAAGUACUGUGACAAGAAGUUCUCGCGUUCAGACAACUUGGCGCAGCACUCUAAGACACACUUCAAAGUCAACGCUAAUGGCACCACGUCAAUUAUCUACGGAAACCCCAAUCCACAAAAUAGGGGUGGACGUAAGAAGAGCGUGGACUCUAUGGGCAUGCACGGUUAG